UGGGGAGGCACGGCCACCGGGCAAGAACCUGGCAGUGUCAGGCAGCCCUCAGCACUCAUCCGACUCCUUCCUACUGGCAAGCUGCCUCAAUCUGAAGAGAAGUCCAAGUUCGUUUUAGUUUUCUGGAAAAAGAGGCCUUUCCCCGGGGCCCAGAACUGCCCAGGAGGACAAUGGAGUCUGGAGCUCGCCCAGUUGGUAGCAGCACUAGCAGCCCUGCAGCACUCUCACGGGAAUACAAACUAGUGAUGCUGGGUGCUGGUGGAGUUGGGAAGAGUGCCAUGACAAUGCAGUUCAUCAGCCACCGAUUUCCAGAAGAUCAUGAUCCCACCAUUGAAGAUGCUUAUAAGAUCCGGAUCCGCAUUGAUGAUGAACCUGCCAAUCUGGACAUCCUGGACACAGCAGGACAGGCAGAGUUUACAGCCAUGCGCGAUCAGUAUAUGAGGGCAGGAGAAGGAUUCAUCAUCUGUUACUCCAUCACGGAUCGUCGAAGUUUCCAUGAAGUUCGGGAGUUUAAACAACUGAUUUACCGAGUCCGACGCACUGAUGAUACACCGGUGGUUCUUGUGGGAAACAAGUCUGACCUGAAGCAGCUGAGGCAGGUCUCCAAGGAAGAGGGGUUGUCUCUGGCUCGAGAAUUCAGUUGUCCCUUUUUUGAGACCUCUGCCGCCUAUCGUUACUACAUCGAUGACGUUUUCCAUGCGCUUGUACGGGAGAUCCGUAAGAAAGAAAAGGAGUUAGCACUGGCCAUGGAAAAAAAGGCUAAACCCAAAAGCAGCGUAUGGAAGAGGCUGAAGUCACCGUUCAGGAGGAAGAAAGACUCGGUCACCUGAGGGAAGUGGGAAGUGCCUGCUGUGAACUGCGGGGCUCCUCGAUGCAGUCCAGUAAUCUGCAACAGUGAGCCAGUGAGCAUGCAGUUUGUGUGCUCCUGCCACGUGGUUAUUCUAAAUGUCACUGGCAAGGGGACUCACCCACCGACUGGGAGUUGUCAUUGACUUACUGUCUAAAGCCCUGUGCUAGGUGACUCUGACUCAUGAACUCAUCAGGGCCAUGUCUACUCCUUAAUUGUCAUGUUAGAAUGUGGUCGGCCAUUGUUUUGGUUAUGUUGCUGAUGUAAAUGUAUUUGUGUAAAUCCUGUCUCCCCAGGAGAGCAUGUGUACUGUGUGCCCUUGACUACGUUUACAACAGAAGCUUGUGUUGUGUUCUCCCCACCACCCUUCAACCUGAGCUUCCUAGUACUGUCUCACAGAAGGACCUCUGCCUUGUGUAGCCACACUGUGCGUCCUGGAGACAGACCAGAGAUUGAGUACGGAACUGGUGGGAAAGGCAAGCAGGCAUCCUCGGAGAGCACUCCUGUGGCGGACCGUGGAGAGCAGAGCUUUAGGGAGAUCCUGCUCUGCUCACACAAGAGGACAUGGCCAGGAACAGGAGGGUCAGAGCAGUAUUCCUCCAGUGAGCCCCAGAGCACACGUCUGACCCAAAGGCACUCAGGUGGUAAAGAGACAGAAGCGUACAUGUCUCUGAACAUGCUUGAUUCUUCCUUCGGUGUCUGCCUUUCUUUCCCUGCUUCUGGAGCUGGGACCAUUGCUAAAUCACUUGAAUCUUACUGAAAUCCUUUGUUGACUUAGGCAUGUGGCUCACUGCUGUAAUCCUAGUAUUUCUAAGUCUGAAGCAGGAGGACUACCAUGAGUUUGAGGUUACCCCGGAUUAUAGAAUGAGAGCCUGUCUCAGAAAAACAAAACCACAAGUAAAUAAAAACAGAUUCUUUCUUAGGACUGCUAUGCCA